UAGCCGUACACAAACACACACACACACACCCCUCCAGCUCAGCCCGCCAUGGCCGCCUCCACCAUGUCCGUCUGCUCCAGCGCUUGCACUGAGCCCUGGCAGCUGGACAACUGCCCAGAGAGCUGCUGCGAGCCCCCAUGCUGCACCUCCAGCUGCUGCCAGCCCAGCUGCUGUGCCCCGGCCCCCUGCCUGAGCCUGGUCUGCACCCCAUGCUGCCAGUCAGGCUGCACCAGCUCCUGCACACCCACGUGCUGUCAGCAGUCGAGCUGCCAGCCGGCCUGCUGCUCCUCCUCCUGCCAGCCUUGCUGCUGCGUGCCCGCCUGCUGCAAGUCUGUCUGUUGCACACCUGUCUGUUGCACACCUGCCUGCUGUAAGCCUGUCUGCUGCACACCUGUCUGUUGCACGCCUGUGUGCUGUAAGCCUGUGUGCUGCACACCUGUCUGCUCCGAUGCCUCCUCCUCCUGCUGCCAGCCUGCCUGCUGCUCCUGCUCCCCCUGCCAGCCGGCCUGCUGUGUGCCCAGCUGCUGCACGCCCUCCUGCUCCUCCGUGUCCCUGCUCUGCCGCCCUGUGUGCAGACCCGCCUGCUGCCUGCCCUCCUCCUGCUGCUGUGCCUCGUCCUGCCAGCCCAGCUGCUGCCGCCCAUCCUCCUGCGUGUCCCUACUCUGCCGUCCUUCCUGCCCCCGCCCCGCCUGCUGUGGCCUUUCCUUGGGCCAGAAGUCCUGCUGCUGAAGGCCUUGUCACCAACAGGCUUAGGUUACCCCAUGGCCAGGCCCCUCAUAGGACCUCUCAACCCCAUCCCAACCCAGGUCUGCAGGCUGCUGCCUCCACCUAAGGACAGGGCCCCCACCAUGUCCACUGUGCUGCCCUGACCCCUCCCUCCCGGUCCUCAGCUCUGUCACCUGCCCUGAAUAAACUUCCCAUUACCUGA